CCUGUUAUUCACCAACGAGUCAACACACUACCGCAUGAGCCCGAGACAGCCAUGGCCGUUGAUGAAGUGCCUACUCAAACAGAGGAGAUAAAACGGCCGUGCAUGCCGGCACUUAUCGUGGGUGGCUUCAACGGAAAAGAUAUUGAUCAGAUUGAUCAGAUCCAUCCGAGCAGGGUCCUCACAGAGAACCUCUUCGCAUGGCGUCAGGCCGGCAGAUGGGAGAAGGGGAAUCUACAACGCAUCUGCUUGUCACGAGCUCAGAUUGCGGCAAUAGAAAGAAGGAAGGAAAGAGAAGAAGACGAAGAAGAAGAGAGGCAAAGGGUGGUAAACAGUCAACCCCCGAAGCCACUGCAACGCGGAGAUUCCAUCAAACUUUGGUACUCCGAUUGGAAAGCCAAAGAGUGGCAGAAGAAAAGGGGGGGUUUUGAUCAACUUCCUUGUUAACCUACUUCUGACUUGGGCUUUUGUUUUUCUUUUCCUAUUGAGCAAUGAGAUCAUGGAUAUUGGGACUCUACACGCAAAGAGAUUAUGGACAUUGGGAUUCUAUGACGCAAUGAGAUGGAUAUUGGGUUUCUAUGGCGCAAUGGGAUUAUGGAUAUUGGAUUUUUUGGGAUACUGUUUGUUAACUUGGGACUGGAAUUGAAUGACUUUGUGUUACAUACUGCUUCCUGAAACUUCCAUGUGAUCCCAACAAUAUGCCAGCAGCCAUUAUCCAGUGCUUAGUACUGAUGCUACUGAUGCCACUGCUUGAUACUACAAGUACCUACCUACUGUUGAACGAAGGUGAAAUAGUAGGACGUAAUGUGACAGUAUUCGUCGUUAUCUGACUAUGUAAACGUAGUGAUCUAGAACUAGACUACUACUAGUAGGUUGGGGUUGGCUGCGUUAUAUACAUGAUGUCGCCCAGGUAACCGACGACCUGUCGAUGGUUCCUUCAACACAUAUAGC